ACACCUAAAUCAUCACAAAUGAAGAUCCUUGUUCAUCUCUCCAUCUUCUUCUCCAUCCUUUUCAUCUCUCUCCCAUCUUCUCACAGCUGCACUGCAAAUGACAAAGAUGCCCUCCUUGAAAUCAAGAAAUCACUUAACAACCACCCCCUCCUCUCGUCUUGGAAACCCCAAACCGAUUGUUGCACCGGCUGGAGCGGCGUCCAGUGCACUGGCGGAAGUGUCACCUACCUAACUCUUUCCUCAAGUAAAUUCUCCGGAAACAUCCCACCCGCCGUCACCAAGCUCAAGAGCCUUGACAUCCUCUUUUUUAAGUACAGCAAUUUCUCCGGUCCGGUUCCUGAUAACAUCAGCGAUCUCAAGAACCUCACCUACUUGGGCCUUUCCUUUAACCAAUUGACCGGUCCGAUUCCCGGUUCGCUAUCUCAGAUGCCGAUGCUUCAAGCCAUUGAGCUCAACGAUAAUAAGCUAACCGGUUCUAUACCAGACUCUUUCGGUUCUUUUGUUGGCAACAUCCCUGUACUCGAAUUGUCUAACAAUCGCCUCUCAGGGAAAAUACCGGAAUCGUUGUCAAAAUACGACUUCAACGCAGUGUUUCUGUCGGGAAACAGAUUCACCGGAGAUGGUUCCAUGUUUUUCGGACGGAACAAAACAACUAUACAACUGGAUCUGUCGAGAAACAUGUUUCAGUUCGAUCUCUCUAAGGUUAAGAUUGCUAGGAGCAUACUUGCGUUGGAUCUGAGCCAAAACCGAAUCUUUGGUAAGAUUCCUCGGGUGCUAACUACCCUACGACGUCUCGAGUUUUUCAACCUUUCGUUUGGAUGGGAAUUUUCUGAAACUAAACUACAUAGUGAUAUGGAGACACAAAUUCAUCAACUUGAGCAGGAAGCAUAUACCGCCGUUUUAAGGGCUUUUAAAGCGCAGUCUGAUGCGAUUUCUUGGGAAAAAGAAAGCUUGAUAACCGAAUUGCGAAAAGAAUUGAGAGUAUCUGAUGAUGAACAUCGAGAGCUUCUGAGUAGGGUCAAUAAGGAUGAUACUAUCCAGAGGAUAAGAGAUUGGAGACAGGGAGGCGGAAGCCAUAAUACUAGACAUGCAACUAUUCAGCCUUUUGAUGUUCUUCCUAGUCCCACUUUCUCAGCUGGCCGAAAGAAACAGAAAACAUUCCAAUCUUAUCAUCCAUCAAUUGGUGCGACUGGAAAUAGGUCAUUCAAUAGUCGUGUGGUAUCUGGUGGCAUAUCAGGAAAUGAAUCUGCUGAAGCUUUGAUCGGAAGAAAAGUGUGGACAAAAUGGCCUGAAGAUAACCACUUCUAUGAAGCAAUUAUAACCCAGUACAAUGCAGAUGAUGGUCGGCAUGCUUUGGUGUAUGAUAUACAUGCAGCUAAUGAAACGUGGGAAUGGGUUGAUCUCAAGGAGAUACCACCGGAAGAUAUAAGGUGGGAUGGGGAGGAGAGUGGGGUAGCUUUAAACAUUGGACAUGGAAGUGGAUCAUUCCGUGGCAACCGAAGAAGCCAAAUCCAUGGUGGUAGAGGGAGAGGGCCAAGAAUUCAUCAACCAAGAAGAGAACUCUUACCACCACCAACACAACAGAAUGGUGGUGGUGGUCGGAGAACUUCUUCUGAUGAUAUUGAAUUGUUCAACACAGACUCGCUUGUGAAGGAGGUGGAGAGAGUUUUCGAUUCUACUCAUCCUGAUCCGCUCGAGCUCGAUAAGGCCAAGAAAAUGCUCAAGGAACAUGAACAGGCACUCGUUGCUGCCAUUGCAAGGCUUGCUGAUACUUCUGAUGGCGAAAUGGAUGGAGAUCCACCAUAUUCGCAUGAUCAUCCAAUGCCACAGGGAUGAGAGAAAAGCUGUCUGCAACUCAGGAUUCGGUCGUCAUACCCAAGGACUCUGGAUUUAAGAAGAAACAUUGUGCUCGGCUAAGAAAGAAAUGCGAAAUGCUUAA